AUGGAUACGGCUCAAAGAAGCGAAAGCAAUGAAGAUGCAAAACGCCACGAAGCAGGCGCUCCCUCCUCCGAGCAUAUCGACGAUGGCACUCCGCCAGCGCCAAGUACCGCAAUGUACCUGGAGCAUGGUAUUCAGCCGAUCGACGAGGUCACAUUGCCCAAGGGCUACUUCUACAGCCCCUUAAUCCUGGGCACCUUCUUUGCGGCUGCACUUGGCCUUACCUGCGGAGUUAGUGCAUUCGCUAUGAUCGCACCAAAUCUCAAUCUUAUCAACGCCGAUAUUGGACCCAGUGCAAAUAUUACCUGGGUUGCUAUUGUCUAUAACCUCAUGAUGGGCCUUGGAUGCACCCUCGUUGGACGCAUAACCGACAUAUUCGGCCGUCGAUGGUUCUUCGUCGGUGGCUCCCUGUUGGCUGUCGUUGGCAAUAUCGUAUGCUCAAGAGCCAGUACUGUCCCUAUCAUGAUUGGCGGGAUGACCAUGAUUGGCUUCGCUACUGCCUCCCAGGCCUCGUACUUCUUCGUUGUCGGGGAGUUGGUGCCAAUUCGGUGGCGCUUUCUUGUGUCCGGUCUAGUGUAUCUGAUUGGAACGCCAUUCAACAUCUUCGGUGCCAAGCUUGGCCCUGUCAUCGUCCAAAAUUUAGGCUGGAGGUGGAUCUUCUACAUCAUGAUUCUUCUUAACGGUGUGGGAUGUACUUGCUGGUUUUUAUUCUAUCAUCCACCCACGUUUGUCAUGCUACAACAUGGCCAUUCUGCAAAGGAGCUGGUACUUGGUUUUGACUAUGUUGGUUUUGUCUUGUUUUCAGGCGGUAUAACGCUGCUCAUCCUAGGAUUAAGCUGGGGAGGCACUCUCUAUGACUGGGGCAGUGCGCAUAUUAUAUGCACUUUGACUAUUGGGGGCGUCUUGCUAAUUCUAUUUUGGCUCUACGAGCUUUUGGCCAAACCGAAUGAACCAUAUAUCCCCAUGAAGUUGUUUCGAAGACGAGGUUACAACGCUGCUGUCCUGUCAGUGAGUGUUGUUGCUAUGGGCUACUACGGCUUUAGUAUCUUCUGGCCACAAGAGGCUGCAACACUCUACCCAUCCUCACCAUCUACAAAUGGCUGGAUGAACCUAGCGGCCUCGGGGAUGUUCGCCUUUGGCGAUCUCGUCGGCCUCCUAGUCGCUUCCUUUAUUCGACGCCGGCUUAGGUUCUUCUUGAUUGGUUGUAUGAUACUGGCUACCGUAUUUGGAGGGACAGUCUCUGUGGGCACGCAGCAUAAUAAGGGGACAACGGUUACACUACUAGCUCUUUGCUGCUUUUCCCUUGGACUUGUCGAGAGUAUUGUUCAGGUUCUGGCCGGCAUCGCCAUUGAGGAUCAGAACGAUAUCGGCACUGCUAUCGGACUGUCAGCCUCCGGGCGCGCUUUCGGGGGUGCCUUAGCCACGACGAUCUACAGCACCGUCCUGACCAACCGCCUCAAGACGACGAUUCCCGCCCUGGUCCCGGCUGCAGUGGUGAAGGCCGGUCUACCGCAGACCUCGGUCCCUCUGCUUCUCGAGGCCUUCCAGGGGCUAUUACCUGCAGACAAGGUCCCUGGACUGACCCCGUCGAUCAUGGCUAUCGGGAUGGACGCGUACCAGACGGCGAGCGCCCAGGCCUACAAGACCUGCUUCUUGACGAGCAUCGCAUUCACUGGCUUGGGUUUGAUCGCUGUGUUGUUUUGCGAGGACGUGGAUCCCAAGUCUGAUCAUAUCGUGGCCAAAGAGCUUCACUCCAAGAGCGAUGAGAAGCGUCUCGAGUCAGAGGCGGUCCAUGUGGAGAAGCAAGGAGCCUGA